AUGAGGGCCCCGCCGGCGCGGGAGGAGGCGGCGGCUGCGGCCGCGGCCGCGAACAAGAACAUCCUCAUGGAGCGCGACCGCCGGCGCAAGCUCAAUGAGAAGCUCUACGCGCUGCGCAGCGUGGUGCCCAACAUCACCAAGAUGGACAAGGCGUCGAUCAUCAAGGACGCGAUCGAGUACAUCGAGCAGCUGCAGGCGGAGGAACGGCGGAUGCUGCAGGAGGUGCGCGCGCUCGAGGCCGCCGAGGAGCGCGUCGACUACGAUUACGACGAGGGCGCGCUCCUGGAGGCGGAGCGGGGGAAGAGGAUGAAGCGGACGCAGUCCGUGCCUUCGUCCUCCUUCCCGGCGCCCGUGGAGGUCCUGGAGCUGCGCGUGUCGGAGGUGGGCGACCGCGUGCUGGUGGUCAACGUGACGUGCGGCAAGGGCCGCGACGCCAUGGCCCGCGUCUGCCGCGCCGUCGAGGAGCUCCGGCUCCGCGUCAUCACCGCCAACAUCACCUCCGUCGCCGGCUGCCUCAUGCACACCAUCUUCGUCGAGGUGGAUUUGGAUCAAGCAAAUCGUAUUCAAAUGAAGCACAUGAUUGAGGCCGCUCUGACUCAGCUAGAUGCCGCCGGGAGCCCGCCAAGUGCGAUGAGCUAUUAG